AUCACAUGGACGAAUUAUUAAUCUUUGUUGUUGUUAAAAGCUAGCUUUUGUCUUUCUGUUUUUAGUAAGGAAUCUAACAUUUUCAACAAUUUCGACCAAAAUUAAUAAUCGGGACGUGCCACCUGGGGGCGAGGGCCUCCCAGAUGGUACGAAGAACUCGGAGCUGUUGACUCCUGCGGAGAGGAGGGAGAUGAUCGAACAUUUGCUGAAGGAGCACCCUAGGCCGCAGAUGCUCUCGGUGCCCGUCCGCAGGAGGGUACGCGCUCUGAAACAACUACAGACCAAAUUUGUCGAGAGCGAGGCGAAAUUUUUCCGAGAGGUCCAUUUGCUCGAGUGCAAGUUCGAGAACAAAGCUUUUCCUCUGAUGGAAAGAAGGAAGGAGAUAAUCAGCGGCCUCUCUGAACCCACGGAAGAAGAAGCGUCCAAAUUCCCGGACGACAUAUCCAUGCUGGCCUGGGAAAUCGACCCCAAGGAAAUCACGCCGGAUCUGAAAGGUAUCCCGUAUUUUUGGUACACGGUUUUGCGUUCGAUACCCGUCAUGGCUGACAUGAUAUCACCGGUGGACGAGCCGAUACUCAAAUGCCUCACAGACAUAAGAAGCAACGUCACCAUGGAUCCGAUGAGCUUCAGACUCGAAUUCGAGUUUCUGCCCAACGACUAUUUCAAAAAUAAAAUACUCUACAAAAACUAUUUCCUGAAGUGCGAGCCGAACGCCGAUUCCCCGUUCGAGUUCGACGGGUCGGAAAUCUACAAAUGCGAGACGGGGAAAAUCGACUGGAAGCCCGGGAAAAACGUCACGAUCAAAACGGUCAUGAAAAAGCAAAGACACAGGACCGGAAGUAACAUUCGAACAGUGACGAAAACAGUCCAGGUCAGGUCGUUCUUCAACUUCUUCAACAUACCGAGAGAAGACGCUGAAGAAGACGCCCUCGACAAAGGGCACGCUUACGACUACGAGAUCGCGACUUAUUUGAGAGAAAGAGUUAUCCCAAGAGCCGUGCUCUACUUCACAGGGGAAGCUUUUGCAGAAGAAUCUGACAGCGGCGAAGAAGCAGUUUACGAAACCGACAAAGAUCAUGAUGUGGAAGAAGAGAAGUCAGCAAGUGAUUCCGAACUAGAAUCAGAAUGAAAUAUGGAUUGCAAUCUUGUUGUAUAAAUAAUUGAUUAUCCCAAAAAUAAAGUAUGUAUUUUUGAAA